GCUAAUUAAAGGAAGGACGAAAAAAUUUUAGAGUAACUGGGAUGAGCCAAUCUUGACUAGAGAGUCGAGACAGAACGUAACUGAACUCGUCCCGAACCAAAAGUAUGGUCCUAAAUAAGUGUUUGAGCCUAGCCAUAACAACCACCACCACCACCUUCGUCGCCUACUCCUCCUCCACCUCCCCCCUCCUCCUUUCAUCUUCUCUCUUUUUUAAACUUCCCCUUUCUCUCUCCAAACCCAAUCCUAUCACUCUCCCUAUUACUAGAAAACCCAUUUCUCUUUACAAACCUCCUAUGAACAUUCUUAACAAGCUUGGCUUUGGUUUCAGGCCCACUCCUGACCCCGCCUCCAUGGAGAAUUCUUCAAUUGCUCAGGGCCCGGAUGAUGAUGUGCCGGCGCCAGGUCAGCUGUUCGCGCAGUUCGGCGCUGGGUGCUUUUGGGGUGUUGAAUUGGCGUUUCAGAGAGUGCCUGGUGUUACCAAAACUGAGGUUGGAUAUAGUCAAGGGUUUUUUCAUAAUCCUAGCUAUGAAGAUGUGUGUACUGGGACCACUAAUCAUAAUGAAGUUGUGAGGGUUCAGUAUGACCCUAAAGAGUGUAGUUUUGAGACUUUGCUUGAUGCUUUUUGGGCAAGGCAUGAUCCCACCACGCUUAAUCGUCAGGGUAAUGAUGUGGGAACUCAGUACAGAUCUGGAAUAUACUUCUACACCCCUGAGCAAGAAAAGGCAGCUCGGGAGUCAUCGGAGAGACAGCAGAAGCUUUUGAACAGGAAAAUUGUUACUGAGAUACUGCCUGCUAAGAAAUUCUACCGAGCUGAGGAGUACCACCAGCAAUACCUUGCGAAGGGGGGGCGUUUCGGAUAUAAGCAAUCUGCUGAAAAAGGCUGCAAUGAUCCUAUCAGAUGCUACGGCUAAGUUGUCCCAUGUCUUAGCAUGCAAACAUUGGGUCAGUUGGACAUCUUGUUGCAAGAAUAUGAUUGCUUUUAUACAUGUCUGUUAUUAUCUUACUUGAGCUUUUAUAUCUGCCAUGGUAACAAUGCAUAAUGCAUUUAGUUUUGGAAUGCGAAUCUUUAAUUGGUUCGUAAACAACUAAGAAAUUGUCUAUACUUGUGUGUUUAACUGUUUGUGUACAAGUUCUAUCCAGCCAUUGGAUCUAUUUGGUUAA